CCGCGGAAGGGCGUUUUCCGCCUCCUGGUGCGGAGCGGUGGCGCUGUCGCGGACCGAUGACGUCAGCUGGCCGUGCGGAGGGAGCCCGGGGAUUCCCCGUGUUGUUGUCCUGGGGCCCGGCGGGAUGGGAGGCCGGAGCGCGGGGCGGCGAGGCUGGCGCUGAUGGCGGCUCGCUGGGCAGCCCGCGGCUCCGAGCCGGGGGUGGAUGAGUUCACCGUCCCGGCGGAGAAGAGCCGCCUCCUGGAGGGGAGCCGGGGCCGCAUCGAGGGCUUGUUCGAGGUGCGGCUGGCCGUGCUGGAGGCGCAGGGGGACUGGCGACCUGCGAUCCCGCCGCCGGGCCCGCCGCCCUCCGCCGCCAGGAUCUGGGUGCAGUUGGCGGGCGGUGGGAAGGCUGUGCGCAGCGCCAAGGAGUAUAUUAAGGGACUCUGUGAACCUGAACUAGAAGAAAAGGAGUGCUACCCAAAGGACAUGCACUGCAUCUUUGUUGGUGCACAGAGCCUGUUUCUCAACAGUCUUAUUCAGGAUACCUGUGCUGAUAUAACAGUGCUGGAAAUAGGAUUGCUCAGUAUUAAGGGGGGUGCAGAAGCUGUUGUUAUGGCUCAAAGUCAUGUUCAACAGUUUGUGAAGCUUUUUCAGAAUAAUGAAAGCUUAUUAAGUGACAAUGAGUCGGAGAUUAAAAAGCAAUUCAGACAAUUUGUGGAAGCCCAUGCAGAUAAAUACACAAUGGAUUUACUGAUUUUGCCUAGCUCACUAAAAAGAGAACUCUUAGCUCUCACACAAAAUGAAUGUUGCGAAGAGGAGAGCAAUAUCAUAGAUCUUACAGGUUCUGAAAGCCCGACAGAGCUUUUACAGAACAAAGCCUCCAAAGUAAUUGCUACAAACAGAGAUGGAAGAGCAGGUGGUGAGGAAGCAAGAAACAAUGCUGGGACACCUGUAACUGAGCUUACAAAGCAAAUGGACACUGUGUUUUCUGAUGCUCCUGAGACAAGUUUUGUUCCCAUAAACGUUGUGCCUCUGUUAGAGGCAGUGGUGGCUAAAGAAAGGCAGUCAUGUAAAAGAAGAUCUUCUGAUGGUGAGGAAAGGCUCCCUAAAAAGCAGUUCUCUUUAGAAAAUUAUCAGGAAGUUAAAUCUGCUUCACACAGUAAUCCUUCAGACAGGGAUGCAGUUAUUGAUCUGCUUUCGAAUAGCUGCAGUGAAUCAGAUGAUCCCAGUUAUUGCCUUAAAGAAAGUGAUGAUAUCAGUGAGGAAAUGGAAUAUAAGAUUCUUGUGAACUUUUUCAGAACAAUGGGAUAUUCCCAAAAUAUUGUAGAAAAAGUUAUUGGUAUCCUAGGACAAUCUGUGGAACCAUUAAUAUUGCUAGAAGAAAUUGAAAAGGAAAAUUUAAAAUUUCAAAAAGAACACAAACAGUCAUCUCCAAAGCCUAGAACUAUCAAUCCUCCUUUAGGAAGUAAUGCAAGUAAUUCACAAAAGCUAGAAGACAAAGGCAUUUCUAGCAAUAAAAGCCCACUUAAAUCCAGUCAGACUUCAAAGGAGAGAAAAAUUGAGUAUCACAAAAUAAGAGAUUCACCAAGCAUGCAAGUUGAUGCAGAAGAUAAAAUGCAUACGUUGGUAUGCAAACCUGCUUCUCCUUCCAGUAAAAAUUCAGCUAUAUGGUAUAAACAAAGAGACAUAUAUUGCCCUGGUAAGAAUCACAGUUCAAGGUCAAAUGAUAUAGAAACUGAUGGUGGUGUAACGUUUGGCACUACACAGGCUGGAGCUCUAAAAGAUGUUGAUUUUGUAGCCAGAGGGAGCUCAGGUGUGCAGCGUAAGACUAAAACUGCAGUUCAGCAAAAAUGCACAGGGCCCUCCUCAACUGUACCGAAUAGUCGUCCUGUUUUUGAGGACCAAUUAGGACACUGCAGCUCUUCUCAAAUGAGAUCUCUCAACCAAUGCCUUUGCCAAACCUCAAAUUCUGAAAAUCCUAUCCCAGACCAGGUAUUGUCUUCACAAAUACAUCCUUCAAAUCCUGACAGAGAGACAGUGGGACAGCACCGAUGUCAUCCUGAUCCUUCAGUUACUGGAGUCCAAAGAUUUUUGGAAUCUCUGAAAAAGCCAUACAGGCUGGAGUUGAAAAAUGAACCUGGGAAACCAUGUUUAAAACAUAUCAUUAUUGAUGGAAGCAAUGUUGCAAUGUCUCAUGGUCUAAGGAAAUUCUUCUCCUGUCGAGGAAUUGCAAUAGCUGUUGACUACUUUUGGAAACGUGGGCACAGAAAUAUUACUGUAUUUGUUCCACAGUGGAGAACAAGACGUGAUCCUUACAUUACAGAGCAGGAUUUCUUAACACAGCUCCAGGAUGUUGGAAUAUUGUCUUUAACCCCUGCAAGGAUGGUUUUAGGAGCAAGAAUUGCUGCUCAUGACGACAGGUUUUUAUUACACCUUGCUGAUAAAACUGGAGGUGUUAUUGUGACUAAUGAUAACUUCAGAGAAUUUGUGACAGAAUCACUUGCCUGGAGAGAAAUUAUUCAAAAAAGGUUGCUCCAGUACACUUUUGCUGGUGACAUAUUUAUGGUUCCUGAUGAUCCUUUGGGAAGAAAUGGACCCAGAUUAGAUGACUUCCUUCGAAGUGAAGGCUAUUCUAGUCUGUUCAGAAACUGCUGAUGACAUUUGCAUCUAAUCAAGAUCUUUCUCAGAACUAAGAUAAGUAAGACAAAACUUCCUCUGGUAUUUGAUUGUGGUGGCUUCAUACAAAGGUGGUCCAAACUAUGUUAACAUAGCACAAAACUGCCAGUGGUUUGGGUAUGUGGUAGCCUGGUAUCCUGUUAAUUACAGUGAUGUUAUUUAAAACACCUUGGUUGAUCACUUACUCAUAGUGGGAUAAUAGGUGCUACAAAAGAAAUGCUCUACACUCAUAUUCUUUGUCACAGGAGAAGCAUGUCACUUCACACUUGAGGGUACUGUACUGUUACUAAAAUGAUUUUUGAGAGCAUUGUUAUUAAAUGCAUUUGUAUUAGAUUCAUACUUUAAUAUUAAUAUUUAUAUUAAUAAACCUAUAUUGUUCCCUUAAGAUCAUUGUAUUUGUGCAUAUAUUAAAAGUAUGAAUUUGCUUUGCGUUAACUACCAAGACUUGAGAAUGGGUUUGUUCUUUUGCACAAGAAAAUAAGGUGCUCUUUGCUCUUCUUUCACCAGCUUAGGAAUUAUAAAUGCUAAUGAUAGUGAGUAUUGAGAGACCUUUUAGAAACAAGUGAACUAAAUAAAAUUAGCAAUACAAAAGGCAAGCUAUGCUUAAUUGUUAAUACAAAGAAUAAGCAGGAAUCUGAGCUAUUAGAAAUUAUUGUUGAAAGUUAGGCAUGUAUAUACCAGUAGAUCACAGGUCAAUUUGAAAAUAAGCAUGUAAUGUCAACAUGAAAAAAGCCAGUGCAGUUCUGGAACUCAGUAGGAAAUGCUAAGAAAGUAUUCAAGCUCUAAUAUAAACCCUUAUGAGAUGUCAUUUGGAGCACUGUAUUUUAGCUGCCUGUGUCCAGGAAAAAGAAAGUGAAAACAGAGUGUGUUCUGAGAGUUGACUCUGAUGAUUGUAGAAAUAGAGACUCUUUUGAGAAGACUCUAGAAGAGCUUGGCUUCCUAUCUGUGGACUUGGAACUGGAACUAGGCUUUGAUUUUUUUUUUUUUUGUAGGUGUGUGAUGGGCCCUUUUAAGACAGAGGAAAGCAUGCCAGUGUGUAAAGAGUUAACUUUGUUUCUUUCCUGAGACUUUUCCACUUGAGUUAAAUGAUGUAGAAAGCAUAAAUGGCACCAGAAAUAAGAUCAGAAACUAGAAGGAUAUGGAGCAAUUAGAGAGUCUUUCCAUGUUGAGUAGUGGGAGGUGUCGUAACCUAAAUGCUUUUAAAUUAGAGCUCUGUAGUUUAGGUAGUUUCCCUCAGUGGUAGGAGAAUGGACUGUAACAUGAGUUCCAGUUCACAUUUCUGUGUUAUCUGGUGGCAUCUGAAGUAGACUUGGCCCUAAAUUUUUGAAGUGCUAGCAGUUUAGAGUAGCAACAACUUUUCAAAUUCUGAAAUGAAAUCUCAAUAAUUAAGAAUAUUCAGAUCCUGAAAUUGCUAAAAACCUUAAUUCCCCAUUAAGGAUAUCAUAUGAGGGAAUCAAGGCCAUCAUCUAAAUGUGAGCACAGCUCAGUCAUGAGCAAAAGUAGAUGAGGAAUAGUCUUGUGGAGCGUCUGGAAGCCACUUUGGUCUGUCAGUAUUUUUCACAUGUUCUGAGUCAGUGUACAUAUGAUCAAUGUAUCUUGUUAUCCAUCUAGCUCAAUAAUGCUGAUAUGGAUACUUCCAUAAAAUAAGCUUUGACUGUUUCUGUAUUCUGCAAAAUAAAGUACUUUUAAUGCUUAUUGGAACCAGUGCUAGAUAAUGGUAGUUAAUGUUGUUAGUCAUGCCAGAUUCAAACUGAAAACUGUUACACCUACUGUUUUGUUUCACUUUUGAAAAAGUGCUUAUCAUUUGCUUCCAAUCAGUAACUAGCUGAGCUGUAGUGAAGUAUAGGAGUUUCUCUUCUGUGUUUGUACAGAGACAGCUAGCAUCUCCUUUACCUUAAUUUAAUAAAAUUUUUAUUUUGUUCCAUAGAGAUUUUCGAUCCGCACAAAAGGCUUUACAGAGCAGUGGACAAUAUUCUUCUGAGACACCUUUCUUCGUGCCAGUCUCCAAACCAACCAGUAGCAGUCAACAGCCUAAAAACAGAGUACAUAGUGAUCGUUCAACAGCAUGGCUUCCACUGGAAACAGACUUAGAGGCUUGUCUAGCAAUUCCGCCACAGAGAUCUGCCUCAGAAACAGUACAGCUAAGAGAAGCCCUGAUAAAAAUUUUUCCUGAUUAUGAGCAAAGACAGAAGAUUGAUCAAAUACUAGCUGAUCAUCCAUUCAUGAGAGACCUUAAUGCACUGUCUGCCAUGGUGCUUGACUGAAUAUUAUACAGGGUUUUUAUAUCAAUCUGACUAACUUUGAAUAUCAAUGUGAAGAAAAAUGUUGCUCUGUUAUGUUACAUUGUGAAUAUUCAGAACUUAAUUUUAUUUGUAUAAACAAAGAUAUUUUUUGUGUAUGAUCUGUUUCUAAUAGAUGCCAGUUUUUGGUAAAUUAAAAACUGCUGCUACUACAGAUUUGUAGUAAUAUUUUCUAUGAAAAAACAAAUCUUCUGCUUCACUUGAAUUACUUAUUAAAGCAGUAGCAGUUCUAAAGAACUGUUAUCACUUUAAAUAAUUUUAGCACUUUUUAAAAACCCCUUUCCUCAAAAAGGAAAAAUCAUGUCAGAGGCUUAAAAGUGACACUUAGAGCUUCACAUAUAUUUUCCAGAUGCGUGUGUAACAUACUAUAAUAUAAGCCAUGCUGCAUCUGUCAGAUAUUCAUUGUUGGUGUUUGUAUCCAGAGUAUAGAUAUUCUUAGAAAAUCUAUGCUCUACUAGUAUGUCCUUCACUUACAAACUUUGAAAUAUUUCUCCAUGGAAAUAAAACAGACCCUUUUAAUAUUCUCAGAUACAAAGACUUCUAUGUAGUGUAUAUGUGAACCUGCGUUCCUUAAGCCGGCAUUGUGGAUUUUGGAAAUAGGCUGUACUUCUAAGGGUCUAUGGACAGCAGUUUGAAGAUCUCUGUGGCAUCAGUGGAUGCUCGGUGUAUUGUUGAAGUACUGUCACAAGGUGGCGUUAUGCAUCUGUUGGUCUGUAAUGAUCAACAGGAAGGCUUCUGACGUGUUCUGAAGUGCUCGUUCUCACAUAAAGAAAGAUUAAAUGCAAGACAGGUAACAGUAA